GUUGCUGUGCACUUCUGUUUUUAGCGGAGCUAGUCUAGCCUUCUAGCAGUAGUAGUGCCAUGAUGAAGUGUGCCCAAUAAAUAGCUUCAUUGUGUCACAACGGGGAAUCAAAUAGACAGGUUACAUUGUAUUCCGGGGAUCGUUGGUGUUCGAAUCGAACAUCAUUCUGAGAUGUUAUGUUUAUUUUAUUUCGCUGGCAGCUGGGCAUUCCACCAACUAGUCAGACGGUGUUUCGUGCUGUGCUGACUGUAAAGAGGACAGUGUGCGUCAGUAUUCAAGAUGGACACCGCCGAGGAAGGGGAUAUAUGCCGGGUCUGCCGGUCUGAAGGAACCCCGGACAAGCCACUCUAUCACCCGUGUGUUUGCACAGGAAGUAUAAAAUUCAUCCACCAAGAAUGCUUGGUACAAUGGUUAAAACACAGCAGAAAAGAAUACUGCGAGUUAUGCAAACACAGAUUUGCUUUUACACCAAUCUAUUCUCCAGACAUGCCUUCCCGGCUGCCUGUCCAGGACAUAUUUGCAGGGUUGCUGACGAGUGUAGGCACAGCUAUUAGAUACUGGUUUCACUACACACUAGUGGCUUUUGCUUGGCUGGGAGUGGUUCCUCUCACAGCAUGUCGCAUCUACAAGUGUCUGUUUACCGGCUCUGUGAGCUCACUCCUCACCCUGCCAUUAGAUAUGCUUUCUACAGAGAACUUGCUGGCGGACUGCUUGCAGGGUUGUUUCGUGGUGACGUGUACACUCUGUGCCUUCAUCAGUCUGGUGUGGCUGCGGGAGCAGAUUGUUCACGGUGGCGCCCCCCAGUGGCUGGAGCAGAAUCAGCAGCAGCAGCCUCAACAUGCACCAGCUCCACAACCUAAUGAGCAGGCCCCUGCUCCUGGGCAGGGGGCAGCUGAAAACCAGCCUGCUGCAGCUGAGCUCCCGGCGGACAAUGGUCCAGCGGCUGAGGUCCCCGACAUCCAGAUGGACCCGGCAGAGGAUAUGGAGCUGGAGGAUGAGGCUGGGGCUGAGGAUGUAGCGGAUGCCAACAAUGGAGCACAAGAUGACAUGAAUUGGAAUGCCCUGGAAUGGGAUCGGGCAGCAGAGGAGUUAACAUGGGAGAGGAUGCUCGGUCUUGAUGGCUCCUUGGUUUUCCUGGAGCAUGUCUUCUGGGUGGUCUCACUAAACACACUCUUCAUUCUGGUGUUCGCUUUCUGCCCGUAUCAUAUUGGUCAUUUCACAGUUGUGGGACUUGGCUUUGAGAAAAAUGUGCGGGCUUCCCAUUUUGAAGGCCUCAUCACCACCAUCGUGGGCUACAUCCUCCUGGCCAUGCUAUUAAUACUGUGCCAUGGAUUGGCAGCGCUGGUGAGAUUUCAAAGAUCCAGACACCUUUUAGGAGUGUGCUACAUUGUUGUCAAGGUAUCCCUGCUGGUAGUUGUGGAGAUCGGUGUAUUCCCUCUCAUCUGUGGUUGGUGGCUCGACAUCUGCUCACUGGAGAUGUUUGAUGCCUCUCUGAAGGACAGAGAGCUGAGUUUUGACUCUGCUCCCGGCACCACCAUGUUCCUCCACUGGCUUGUAGGGAUGGUCUACGUCUUCUACUUUGCCUCGUUCAUCCUCUUACUGCGAGAGGUGCUGAGACCCGGUGUUUUAUGGUUUCUCAGAAACCUGAACGAUCCUGAUUUUAAUCCUGUUCAAGAAAUGAUUCACCUGCCAAUAUACAGACAUCUCAGAAGAUUCAUUUUAUCGGUGGUGGUGUUUGGCUCCAUAGUUUUGCUAAUGUUGUGGCUUCCCAUAAGGACGAUCAAACUCAUCCUCCCAGCCUUCCUCCCAUACAAUGUUAUGCUGUACAGUGAUGCUCCAGUCAGUGAGCUGUCUCUGGAGCUGCUGCUGCUGCAGGUGGUUCUGCCUGCGCUACUGGAACAGGGCCACACACGCCAGUGGCUCAAAGGCCUGGUCAGAGCCUGGACUGUCACCGCCGGAUACCUGCUAGACCUCCACUCGUACCUGUUGGGUGACCAGGAGGAGAAUGACGAUGAUGCAGACCAGCAGGCCAAUAACAACCAGCAGAGGAGGAAUAACAACAACGCCAUCCCUGAGGGACUGCACGCUGCCCACCAGGCUAUCCUCCAGCAGGGAGGCCCUGUGGGUGUCCAGCCCUACCACCGGCCCAUGAAGUUCACCUUUAGGAUUGUGCUCCUGAUUGUGUUCAUGUGUGUGACACUGCUGGUGGCCAGUCUGGCGUGCCUUACGUUGCCAGUAUUCACCGGCCGGUACCUGAUGUCCUUCUGGACAGGCAGUGCUAAGAUCCACGAGCUGUACACGGCAGCGUGCGGCCUAUACGUGUGCUGGCUGUCCAUCAGGGUCAUCACCGUGCUGCUGUCCUGGAUGCCCCAGGGCAGGAGGGCCAUUCUACUCAAGGUCCAGGAGUGGACCCUCAUGGUAAUGCUCUGCAACACGAUCCUGAAGACAGUGGUCGUAGCUGUGUUGCUGGCUGGCGCCAUCCCUCUCCUGCUGGGCUUGCUGUUUGAGAUGGUCAUAGUAGCCCCUCUCAGGGUGCCGCUGGACCAGACACCACUCUUCUACCCCUGGCAGGACUGGGCUCUCGGAGUGCUCCAUGCCAAAAUCAUUGCCGCCAUUACUCUGAUGGGUCCCCAGUGGUGGCUGAAAACAGUGAUCGAGCAGGUGUAUGCUAACGGAAUUCGCAACAUUGAUCUCCAUUUCAUCAUCCGUAAGCUGGCUGCUCCGGUUAUCUGUGUGCUACUGGUGUCUCUCUGUGUGCCCUAUGUCAUCUCUGCUGGCAUCGUCCCCAUCAUAGCUCAGUAUUCCCCAGGAGUUACCAUGGAGAUGCAGAAUUUGGUGCAGAGGAGAAUCUACCCGUUCCUGCUCAUGGUCGUCAUGCUGCUGGGAAUCCUCUCCUUCCAAAUACGUCAAUUUAAGCGCCUUUACGAACACAUUAAGAAUGACAAGUACCUGGUUGGACAGAGACUGGUGAACUAUGAACGCAAGGUGGCAGGCAGAAGCAGUACAGCCACACACAGCAGCUCUUCCCAGGAGUAGGAGCUGUUAACACCUGAUCUGAGAGCAGCCUCUAGCUGUGUAGCCUCUCCUCCCUUUUGAUGUUUCUUCACAUUCAUGACUCAAGCACUCACCUCUCACCAUGCCUUAUUUCACUCCUUGCUCUCAAGCACAGCUGGAGAAAGGAGUGUGUUUUACUAAAUAGAUUAAAAGGCAAAAUUACCUUGAAAACCAACCAACAUGGAUUCAAAAAAGAAUGUUUCAUCUUUGUACAUCUUGAAAAAAAAUACAUGUAUUUUGUUAAUUAAAUCUAGAUGUCACAUUAUUCUUUUCCUGUUGUUAGGUCUAGAUGCGUUCCUGUUGUUAGGCCUGGAUAGACUACUACAUUAUUUGGCCAGGAGGAGGCAGAGUCCUGAGAGGCCUCUGUACAGCUCUAUGGGGUAAUCCCAUUGGAACACAUGACGGAGGCUCCGCUUUAGAGAAGUGAUGAGCGUGAGACAAGGCAGAAGAACUUUGGGAUCAGUUUUUGUAGUUUUUAUUUAUUAGUUUGGAUUUUCCUUUUAAGGGGUUUAGUAUUACAGUGUGUGGGUGAGAGGUUAUCUGCAAGAAAGACAAGUUCCUAUUGGAAUGGGUGAUUUACUCUUUCUGCAGCAGGGUUCAAAGCCAGGUAAUACAGAUUCAUGCAUUUCGGUUCACUGUCUGACUGACUGGCCACAGAGGAGCUGUUGAGUGUUUCAGGCUUCCCUGAAUAGCUUUAUACUGGUGGUGAUGGUCUCCUGUCUCAGGCUGGAGUUAUUAAUGAAAUCCCAGCUAGCCAGCUAUUUGUAUCAUGUAGCUCCAAUAUUUGGUUUCAUUUGAGGGAACCCUGAAAGGAAGUCUGCUUUUUAGUUAGAAGUUACAAGAUUGUAACUGUGCUCAUGAUAUCUGUGUAAUUUCUGCUCUACAUUUCUUGCUACGCCUGUUGUACAGAGUAACAUAGGUUGUUACAUAUGCAUGAAUAUCAGUCUGUUGCACUUAAGCUUUAACAUAGUGGCAGUCAUUCAUUAACCAUUUUAGUGAAAUCAAGUCAGUAUUUCAAUGUGGUGGUAAUGACACUACAAUACAGUGAAAUAUGAUUUGCUUGACAGGAGUUUUGGAUCAGGUUUGACACUUCUUCUUUUUUUGUCUGUUACUGAGAUUGGUACAAUGUUUGUAAAUAAAGCAUUUCUAUGGUUUGGAUUGUUUACCAUGGCAACAAAAACCUAUUUUCUUCUUUUCAAUGUGUAAAAUUGGCUGUGUCAGUUGCAGGUUUAAGACUGGAUUUCUGACUGUUUUAGAGGGUAUUAAAUGCUGAGAUUCUGACUGAUUUAGAGGGUAUUAAAUGCUGAGAUUCUAUGUGACCAUAUAGUAUCUUAACAAAACUGGGUACUGUCGUUAGCCUGUUAUCCGGACCAAUUUUUUUUUUAAAGCAAAUUCCCUAUUUUUAUAUGUGCGUAUUGUGUAGGUCUUUUGUGUGCUUCGUGUUGUUUUUCUGGGUGGUUAAGUGUGUAUUGGUCAUCUUAAUAAAUGGCUGCUUUCUUUCCUCA